CAGACUGCUAUAGGCUGGCCUGCUCUGGGCGGGGUCGCUCCCCCAGACCCUGUCGGGGCAGUGGAUCUGGGGGCGGACCCAGGCCGAGAGGGAAGGGGACGGUCCUACUGGUUGCUUCUGGUUCAGAGGCUGCCUGACCAUGGGCGGCUUUCCGUCCAACUGUUUCUCUGAUAACUGUCUUUCUCCCAAACCCUCCCAGGCCAUUGUCGAGAGGGCUGUGUUGGACACGAGUCCCGUGCCCACUCUAAACUCAGGCUUCCGAGUUCAUUCUCACUGGGGCGCCCCAAGCAGGUGUCCCAGGUGGCCUUUGGAGGAGGCAGCCGUCUUGGGCUGUUUGAAGUUAAAGACAUAACAAGGCAUCUCCUUUCAGCCCUAGAGCAGAAAUCGUGCCCUAACUUUCGAUCAGCGCAUACAUCAUGGGGUCUGUCUAAUCUGCUUGUGACCUCCUGAAAUGUGCAGAUUUAGAUAAAAUCCUUUAGUAAAGUAAUGCAGCCUAGUCCCGUGCCUCUCCUCACCGGGGAACAACGCUAAUCACUCACUUGGUGCAGGUCACAAUGCAAGGAUUUGCUGCUGAAUCGUCGGACCUGAGAACUGGGGCAGGAAAUCCCAAGCUGUGCUCUUGUUUCCACUUAGAAGCAGAAUCCUGAGAAUACAAGGAGCCUUUGAGUUAAAGGGCAACCCUUCUUAAUCUUCUGCUGGACAGCAGGGGGAGAUGGUAAACAAAUGAAGCACUUACGCCGGGCAGAGUGCCUGGGGAGGUAGUUUGUGUUUUGCUUUUUGUGUUCAUAGGGAGGGGCAGGAAGUUGCUUUAAGAAGGCUAACGGUUUUUUCAAGUUUUGCUUUUUAGAACAUGGACCUUCAAGAACAGGGUUUUGCGGAAAAGAGGUGUUUUGUGAUAUCCUGCCCUUUUCUCCCACCUCUCCACCCCCCAGUACCCAGUCCCAUUCUAGGUCUUCAGUUGCUGCAGGUUCUCCUCAUGGUGUGGACACUCUAGAACUCAUGGGGCUUGAUGGCUAUUCUCGGUCUCUGCAGGAUUUGCAGCCCCUGUCUGCUCUGUACCCAGCACAGCCUGGGGCUUCCUUGGUGUGUUGCUGUGACAAUUCGGUUAAAGAGAUCACCAAUUCUGCCUUCUCCUGAGCCUCUGAUGCGAUCCAGUGUCAUUGAGAGUUGCUGACUUAGUGCUGUUGCUUCCCAAGGGUUCAUAUGAAGUUGAGGUGGAGAAUGUUACCCAGAUGAUGACUUUUCCCAAAGGAGGGUAGACUCUUUAGAGAGAUGUUGAGAAACCUGUUACUUGGUUUUUCCUUAGGCCCCAUGCAGUACUUGGCAGAAUUGGUUGUGCUCCAAGUAUCUGCUAGGAAGCAGUGAGGAAGGGAAUAUAUGUAUGUUGUUGCUGUGCUUUUUUAAAUUUUCCUGUCUUUGUAGUGUCGAGGCCUCUCACAGGUGAAAAUAGAGCCUCCAGGAUCUUCCUGGUGGUUUCAGAAAUCCUUAGGUUGAGAAAGUGAGGGUGGGCAGUUGCUGCCUGAGCCAUGAUUGCUGAGGUUUGAAUGGCUCGUAGAGCUGAUGGAAUCAACAAAUUCCAUCUCUUCCUGCAAAUCCCACCUCUUCCCAUGCCUGACCCAGAAACCUUGGGCCCCCUUUGAUAGCUCUACUAGUGCCAGCAGCCCCAGUGCUCCCAGGUGUGAGCAGCUGUAGGCCUGUGUGGAGGAGUUAUUCAGAGUGAGGGUUUCUUGCCUCAAGAGACAGAGGUAAAAAACAACAAAAGCUUGUUCAUUGCCCCUAUUCCCACUGCUCGAUACAGAAUCUCACCUUCUUCUUUAUAAGUGCACUGGAUUGUGGUGCAGCAUUAACAGGCCUGCACCCCUUCCCAUUUCCUGGACAAGGUCUUAUCCUCCUUCUUCCAUGACUUCCCUUUGCAUCCCCUCCACAGCAUACACGUUGUGACGUGGAACGUGGCCUCUGCAGCACCCCCACUAGACCUCAAUGACCUUCUUCAGCUGAACAACCAGAACCUGAAUCUGGACGUAUAUAUUAUUGGGAAACGAACUGUGGGAUCAGGAGCCUUCUUUAUGAUACUGCCUUUGAAGACCCAUGGAGCAGUUUCUUCAUGGAUGUGCUUUCCCCUCUGAACUUCGUCAAGGUCUCCUGUGUCCGCAUGCAGGGGCUCCUCUUACUGGUCUUUGCCAAGCAUCAGCAUUUGCCCUUUAUCCAGAUUCUCUCUACCAAAUCCACCCCCACUGGCCUCUUUGGAUACUGGGGGAACAAAGGGGGCAUCAACAUCUGCCUGAAGCUUUACGGCUAUUAUGUCAGCAUCAUCAACUGCCACCUGCCCCCACACCUGGCCAACAAUGACCAGCGGCUGGAGCACUUUGACCGGAUCCUAGAGAUGCAGAAUUUUGAAGAACAUGAUAUCCCCAACAUCCUGGACCACGACCUCAUUCUCUGGUUCGGAGACAUGAACUUUCGAAUCGAGGACUUUGGGUUGCACUUUGUUCGAGAAUCCAUAAAAAACCGGUGCUACGGUGAACUGUGGGAGAAGGACCAGCUCAGCAUUGCGAAGAAACGUGACCCACUGCUCCGAGAGUUCCAGGAGGGCCCCCUGCUCUUCCCACCCACCUACAAAUUUGACAGGAACUCCAGCAACUAUGACACCAGUGAGAAAAAACGCAAGCCUGCCUGGACCGACCGCAUCCUGUGGAGGUUGAAGCGGCAGCCCCAGGCCAGCCUCCACACUCCUAGUCAGCCGGUCCCUCACUUCUCCCUGUCUAUGAGGAGCUACGUCAGCCACAUGAUGUACUGCAUCAGUGACCAUAAGCCCGUCACCUGCACCUUUGACUUGGAGAUGAAGCCAUUAUUGUCUGCCCCACUGAUCACCCUGAUGCCCGAGGGCCUGUGGACCAUGGAGAACGACAUGGUGAUCAGCUACUCCUUGGCCCCAGACUUCCACUGCAGCCCCUGGGAUUGGAUUGGACUGUACAAGGUGGGGCUGCGCCACAUAAAUGACUACGUGACCUAUGUCUGGGUUGGGGACAACGAGGUCUCCAUCAGUGACAGGCUGAACCAGGUAUACAUCAACAUCAAUGAUAUCCCUGAGACUGAGGAUCAGUUUCUCCUCUGUUAUUAUAGCAACAAUCUACAUUCUGUGGUGGGGAUAAGCAAACCCUUCCAGAUCCAGCCCCGUUCCUAUUUUGGCGAGGACGCAGUGGGUGAAGCCCGUCUACAGAUCUGAGCUGGGAUAGGAGUUAAUCCAGGGCGGAGGCCAGAGCUGGCAGCCAGCUCUGCCUUUCCACUGCCAGGAGUGCUGGGGGCCCAGCCUGCCCCCUGAGGAGGCAGCCAGGCACCCUCCAGUUCCUGACUCAGUUCCCAGAGUGAGCUCUAACCUGAUGUCUCUGCUCUUUCCAGUCCAGAUCUCUGGAACUAGCUGCUCAAAUACAGGUUUUUGUUGCUGAGAUGCAAGUGAAACCAGCUGGUUUGUCAACAGUGAAAACUUGGGGACAGUCCACAGGACGUGGGAAGAACCGUCCAGCCAGCAUCUCAUUUCUCGAUCCACCCCACCCCCACUUCCAGUCCUGCCCAAGCUGGCCUGCCAGGCACAUGCCCCAUCUGGCACAGGCAUGCAUUCUUGUCACGCCAUCCAGGGCCUCGGGCUGCCUGGGAGGGGAGAUGCUCACAUUUGUACAGGCUGUAUAGACUAGUUGGCACAAGCAGUAUCACGGUCCAGAAGUCUUGGCAUCUCAUUGCUUGUCCUCCUGAGGGAUGGGCAGAGGGUCUGGGCUCCCUGCUUUAGCAGGAGCAGUAUGGCUAAGUGGGCAGGAUGGAGGGGCCCCACUAUCCAGGCUCUUCCAUAGGGCUUGUGAGCAGGUUGGUGAGGCUCUUUAUGCCAGCACAACCUUCUUCCUCGCCCCCUGCAUGGAGACUGGCCCAGAAAGUUCCAGGGCCUAAGCAGAGAGAAUCAGAAAGGACCUGGUUAGCUUCUGCCAGUGGGGCAAGCCCCAGCAUCCAGCCUGCCCUCUUGUGAGCGUGGGCAGGUGGUAGAGAUGUGGCCACAAGUUUUUCCGGGGUGGUCCUUGACAGCUCCAGCUCAUCUGCCCUUCACCGUUGUCUGGAAUCACUGGGCAGAAACAGAUCUUCUCUUUGGACCUAGAAGGAGGGGUAGACAGGAGAAAGCCAGGAUCAGGACAUUUUGGAGGAUAUGGCUCUGGGGAUCUUCAGAGAACAUUCUCCAGAUGCUGCACGGACAUGGCCUGUCCCCACUUGCACCACUUGCUCUGGCCAGUGGUGACUCAGUGGCCCUUCUUCCAGAAGACACCUCAGAGAGCCUACUCUGUGACUGUUACACCCAUUCUGCAACCUGAGACUUAUGGUCUCCCCAGCUGCUCUCCAUCCAUACUCCACCCUGGGAGCCACGUGUAUCAACAACUGUCCCCCUGACUUUUGGCAGGCCAUGCUGUCUGUUUUCUGUGUUGCAUUGGGGAUAAUUAGUAACAUGGUGUUUACGCUCC